UACUAGUAAGUAAUAAGGUGAAACCCUAACCAGUAACCACAAAGGCAUAAACUGUGCGCAGCCCUUCAUCCCUUCAUUCAGAUCUGGUUUUGUUUUUUAAUCAACUACAAGGAGGAGUCCCCAGGUGUGUAAAACGCAGCACACUAAUAGUAAGAUGGCUUUUUUAUUGAAGGAUUCAAAACAGAGGAUACUAAUCUUCUACCCAAGCGUUGGAUAUUACUCUGUUUAUGUUUGCUGCUGGGCUAUUCUUGUUUCUUCUUUUUUUAUUUAUUUAUGGGUUUCAUUCCUCUAACUUCUCUUCUUCAUUGAUCUGAUGUACUUGGAUGGCACACGGGAAGAAGUUUUUUUUGGUAUGAUGUCGUUUGACUUUUUUUGGGAAAAAAUUGACUCGCCGAUCCAACCUUACAGCCGAGUCACCGGUUUUUUGUCUAAACCGGCCGAGUCAUUCCGGUUCGUAACGGUUCAAUUGCAUGGCUGAUCCGAUGUGUGACUCGAACCGGUCAGGGGUCCGAUUCCCGGUCGGACCGGCUGGUCCGGUCCGAGUCUGAUAACACUGCUUUUCUCUUCUUCUUUAGGUAAGGUGGAGGUGGAAAUGGUUUCUAAACAUAACAUUAUUCUUUAUUUUAACCUGGUGCAGUUUUUUCUUUGAUGACAUAUGCACAGCCAGAAAGGAAAUAUUAAAAAAAUAAUGGGGAAAUAACUGGUCCUGCUCCUGCACAUUGGAGUUGGACCCUGCUAUAUGCCAGGGACUCGAAGUGGGCUCCUUGCAAAACAUGUUGAAAGCAUAAGCCCACAGUAUAUUUUGAUGGCCAGGACUAUUUAUACCAUCCCUCUUUACUAUCAACACCAUCCCCUUAAGUGCAAAAUUACACUUAUACCCCCAAAUAUUUUAAAAAAUAACUGCUCCAAUGAAAAGAAAAAAAAAACCUAAUCUACACGGCUGCACCAUCUCCCAUCUCCCUCCUCUCAUUCACGGCCCUCAUCUCCUCCUCUUCAUCUCCUCUCAUUCUGACGGUCAUCUCCUCAUCUCCUUCACGGUUUCCCCACCAAAGUCCCAGCCUCCAUCACGGUCCUCCUUCACAUUUCCCCACCAAAACCCUAGCCUCCAUCACGGUUUCUCCGUUGUCCAUCACCAUCACGAUUUCAGAAGGAGAAGAAAGAAAGAGGAAGAAGGACUCAAUUUCAGAAGGAACCUUGACUCUGGCAUGAUGGCAAGGACAAAACAUACACAACGCGUUGUGGGAGCGGCUUCACGACCACCACAUCCUCCCCGAGACCGUUCGCGAACUCAUGCUUCCGCUCGCUGAGAUCGUCAAGGGACUCAGGGUGUGGGAGAAGUUGAGGAGGGUGUGCUGGUUAAUGCACGACAUUGGGGUGCUGAGGAUGGUGAUGGUCUGGAGAAUGAGAAUGAGAAUGACAAUGAUUAUGAGAAUGAGAAUGAGAAUGAUGAUGAUAAUGAGAAUGAUAAUGAGAAUGAGGUUGAGAUGGGUUCUGAAGAUGGUGAUGAGGAUGGUAAUAGUGAGCAGGAUGGAAAGUCUGAGGAUGGUGAUGGAACAGAGGGUGUUUGGUAUCCCGGAGGUCCCUAUGACCUCUCUCUGUUGCCUAAGUUUGGGCAGCAUAUAGCGCAUGACGUCUGGAAGUCAUAUGUGCGAUCUGACUUCAAAUGUAGGGCCCCAUUGAAGAUUCAUCAUCAUGGAAAACACUUCUUUCCUGUAAAAUUCUACUCUGACAAUGUGAAGACACUUGUGGCAGCUGCAGGGUUGGGACACCUUCCGUAUAGUUGUAACGGCGGCUCAGUUGACCUUAGCAUUGUGACCGCCUUUGUUGAGCGAUGGAUGCCAGAGACGUCCUCAUUUCAUAUGCCGUGGGGCGAGAUGACGAUCACUCUAGAUGACGUCUCAGCUCUAUUGCACAUCCCUGUGGUAGGGUCCUUUUUCUCAUUGGGCAAGCCGACUAAGGAAGAGGCUGCCCCUGUGGUUGUUGAUUUGCUGGGGGUGACAAUUGAGGAGGUGCAGGAUGAGUUUCGGAGGUGUAGAGGUCCUAGUCUUCAUUAUGCUUGGCUUCUAGCUCUUGUGAAAAACCGUGUGAAGGAAUCGAAAUGGACAGAAGCAGCCCGAGCUUACUUGUUACGCUUGGUUGGCAUGACUCUCUUUUGUGAUAAGAGUAACACGUCUGUUAGUGUUGCCUAUCUUAAGCUUUUCAGGGAUAUUAGCUUGGCUGGUCAGUAUGCAUGGGGUGCGGCGGCGUUGGCAUAUUUGUAUGGUCAGUUAGGGGAGGCUUGCAAAAAGACUGGGAGGACAGUUGCUGGGUAUUUAACUUUGCUACAGGCGUGGGUAUAUGCACGUUUUCCUGGGUCGCUGUUUGAGAGAAAGGAGUUCCCUCAAUACAAAGCGGAUAUGUCUGUGGCUAGGAGGUGGUUGGCAUUCAGGGGGACAAAGAAAGUGGACCAGAAGAGACUUAAUCUUGAUAACUUUCCUGCUGGUGGAGUGAUAUGGAAGCCUUAUAUGGACCAUUAUGUUCAUCGUUCAUUUGAACAUGUCUCACUGUAUAGUGGAUUCAUCAGGUUCAGCGGCUCAAUUUAUCCAUACCUACCUGAGCGUGUAUCCAGGCAGUUUGGGAUUGUGCAGUCCAAGCCUCGAGCUCCUCCAUCAAAAGUUUCAUGCGAGGAUUGUGAUGCUAUGUGGAUGGAUUGGCGAAACCAUACUAUUAGAGGACGCUAUGUUGAUUACCCGCACGAGUGUGAUAUUGAGUACAAUGACUGGUACAAACAACACUCACAUCCUUUCAUGAUUCCUGAGGAGCUGAGAGUUGACCGUUGGUCAUUUCUUGAGGGUCAGUUUGCUUUGCUGUCGACAUACUCUACUGUUGCUGUUAAUCCAGAGACUGUUGGGGCACCCGCAGAGGGCACAACCAUGUGGGAUGUAGUUCAUACUAUGCAUUCCAUUAUUCAGAAGACAUUGGAGGGACCGGAGGAGCCAAAGCAACGUAGAAAGAAGAGGAGUGCUAGCGGGGUUGGGACUUCAGCUGAUUAUGAGUGAUGCUAGUGUUUAUGAGUGAUGGAUGUGUUUAUGUUGUUGACUUUGGUAGUUGUGUUUAUGUUUAUGGACAUGUGUUUAUGUGUUUAUGUUGUUUAUGUUUAUGGACAUGGAUGUUGUAUAGGUCUAUGUUUAUGGACAUGGAUGAGUUUAUGUUUAUGGGAAACUGCAGCCAAGUUUUAGUUUCUGUUCUCAUCUUGUAUACUUUCUGUUAAA